CCUGCUUCCGUGAAUAGUAAAAAGAGGCAUCAGUGCAGCAGUAUAAGCAGAGGAAGGCAGCUGAACUUUACACAUGAGAAUAUGCUCAGUGAACAGCAAGUCAACCAGUGAUACGGUCUGGGGAUCAACCAACAGUGGCUUAGGAAAUCCACACGCAACCACCAGACAAGGAUGUCAAAAUGCCAUUCCACAGGCUCACCCCCAUUCUGCUUUGCCUGUUACCCAUGUGGGUGAUCCUGACAGCAGUCUCAGGCCAUCCACAACACAGCCAAUGUCAGCUGAUACAAAGAACAGCUCUCUGCAACCAUGGCAAGCUCUCCUUUGUGCCAUCAGGAUUACCAGGCCACAUAGAGGAGCUACAGCUCAACUAUAAUCACAUCCAAACACUACAGGACAACUCUCUUCUCCAUUACCCCUCAUUAAACACCUUGAGCUUAGCUUGUAACAGUUUGGAGAAAAUAGAAUCAAACACUUUUCAAGACUUAAAGUUAGAAAGCCUGAAUUUAGCAAAUAACAAUCUUUAUAUUGGGUACACAGAAACCCAGCAUGCAUUAAAGAAGCUACUUAGUAUUAGAACUCUAGAUCUUUCUGAGAAUAUACUUAAUGAUGAAAUGGCCGCCACUCUCCUUCAAAAUCUGACAUCUUUAGAGUACCUCAAUCUUUCUGGAAACCUUUUGCAGAGACUCGAUGAGACCUCCUUCAGGGAUCUCCACCAGCUCAAAGAACUCAACCUGCAGAGGAACAUCCUGUUUGAGAUUGAUGCCGCCUUUGACAGCAAUCCCAAGCUCCAACGGCUCAACUUAGCCUUUAAUUAUCUGCCUUGCCUGAUUGAUUUCCACAUGACUCAGCUGGUGGUCCUCAAUGCCAGCCACAACUUCAUUGAGUGGUUCAUCUCCAGACAGGACCUCAAUGACACUUUCCAGCUAGAGACACUUGAUCUGUCUGAUAACAAACUGCUAUUCUUUCCCUUCUUGCCCAAUCAGAGUCACUUAAAGAACCUUUACCUGUCUCACAACAGCAUUAGGUUCUAUGGACACUUGUCAAAUAACACCAUAUUGCCUAACUGGACUACAACUGUUGAGUUCUACAACCUGAAGAAGUACAGGAGUAACAUGACUGCCAUGUUGUGGAAUGACAGUCUUCAUGGUGACAUCUCCUCCCUAGAGAUUUUAGAUCUAAGAGGUAACAAGGUGGACUAUUUCCCUGAAGGAUUCAUGCAGAAAAUGUCAAUGCUGUCCAGACUUCUAAUGUGCACAAACUGUCUGGAAACCUUAAAUCUAACUUCUGAACAGUUCUCUGGCAGCUUGUACGAGUUGGACGUUAGCAAUAACAGGCUGAAACAGAUUGUAGCAGAUGAAGGUACGCUGACCACUCUUGGAAAUCUGACAUACUUUAACCUGAGUCUGAAUGAUCUUGAGUGGUUACCCUCAAGAUUAUUUUACUCACUGCCAAGCCUCAGGUCAGUGGAUCUCAGCUAUAACCACAUUGACAUUUGUCUCUCGGAAGAAGCUGAGAUCAGUAGAGAUACAAGUUCUUCUUGUGUGGAUUGGAGAAACACUGUACUUCUAAAGCAGCUUUACCUUAAAGGAUGCAACCUUGAAAGAAUGCCAUCAUCUGCAUUUGCAGGGUUGUCGCUAACACACUUAGAACUGUCCGAUAAUCCAGGACUCAUUGUCCAGCAUUCUAUAAAGAGCCUCAGCAGAACUUUACAGCAUCUAGGUUUAGGAAACACUCACAUACAAGACUUAGACUUUUCCCCUUUCCAAAGUCUGAAAUAUUUAAACAUGUCAAGAAACUCUCUUACCCAUCUUCCUCUUUCACUCCUAAAUCUUGACCUGAAAGUGCUUGAUGUGAGGGACAACAGACUGUCCACUAUCCCCUCAGAUCAAGCUAACAUGUUGGCCCCUAAACUGCACACUGUAUUCCUUACAGGAAAUCCAUUCAACUGCUGCCAAACCGAAUGGUUCAAAACAUUUAAAACAAUCAAUAUGGUUGGACAAUCGGAAAUUGAAUGUGAGGAUCUCUUCCAAACGACACACAGGGUGGAGCACCUCAAGUCAUUUUUGUGUUUAGAAAACGAUGGGGAAUCUAUGCUCUGGUACAUUCUGCUUUUUGUACCCAUCUGCCUUUCUUUUGUGGGAAUUUCAGUAAUAAUCCUCUUCACCUUCAAGUCCAAAAUGCUUAAAAAAUCAAUCAAAAAGAAGUGUCUGAAGCCCACCUCUUACUAAUACUUUAUAAACCCUGAAGAAAAUGUCUUUUGUAUUUCACUGUAAACUGUCUACAUUCAUGAAGAACAAUUUAAACAGAUUCUACUCACGUUUUCAUACAGAUGUGUUUUGUUCAGCUAAAAACCAGAUCCUAAUCCUAAUGUAAAAAUUAGUUUGUAUUUUUGUGAGUACGCGUGUAUGAACAUAUGCAGAAGUAAUGUGAUGCAAGCCUUUGCUAUAAGCAGCAGAGGAAACAUGAAAUUUCCUGUUUUGCUAAGAUGUGCAGCAACUGCCCAGUUGUGUAUUUCAAAGCGGAGGGGUUUGAGGUUUUCUUCCCAUUAGUGAGACUCAGAUGCAACAUCAACUUGAAAUUCCAAACUGUCAGUACUCACAAAGACUUUGUUUGGAGCCACAUACUGGUAUUCGCUAAUCUAUUCUGCCAUGCACUUGGCAAAAAAGCAGUUACAGGAUAAUUAAGUAAGUCUUUACAAAUAUAUAAGGAGUAUGGACAGCAUCAGCAUUGUAUAGCUCAGAGGGGAACAUCAGUGGAUUUCUCAUUACCUUUGUAUGUGCAGUGUUGUUCAGGAGCGGGCAGGCCGAUAGAUCAGUGUGUUAUCUGUGCAGAGUGCCAGAGGCCUAACCAGAAAGUAACCAAAAUACCACUGUGGUGAUGCUCGGGGUCAUGGUGGUUGGAACAUAAAAAAGAAACUGAGUGAAGUCUUGCUAAAACUUUGAAAUGCCAUCAUUUGUACAUAUUUUACAGUAGAAAGUUGCCAGUCAAAGUAUCAGAAUAUGGAUGUUAUAUACGAAUGAGGGUUUGUUGUUGUAGCCCUGCGAUGGACUAGCAGCCUGUCCAGGGUGUCCCCCGCCUCUCGCCCGAUGCCAGCUGGGAUUGGCUCCAGCCCCACCCGCGACCCCAUUUGGGACGAAGCGGUGUAGAUAAUGGAUGGAUGGUUUGUUGUUGUAGCCCAGGGAGGAUUAGUUUUAUGCAAAUAGGUUUUUUAAAAAGUGGAAAAAGACAGAGCAGCAGUUGACAAGAAUUUAAGGCUGAAGCUUUUAUGAUUUCUACAAACCACCACAUGUAAUGUAAACAAUGACUGCACUUCUGGAUUCAUUUUAACUAGCAUCUUCAAAACAGAGCAUCUACUUUAUAACAAAACUACUAGCAGACAUGGAGUUUAAGGGUGCAAAUUGAGGCUUUCAGUUUCAAUAGGGAGAUUAGCAGCAGUCUGCCUAAAGCAAAGAUAUCUGGGUAACUUACUGGAUGCAAGAAGUGGACCCAGAGUGAUGACACACAACUGCUGUCCUAACAAAACAACUUAUAGAGUGUGAUCACACUGGGGAAACAAUUUGAACCUAAAGAAGCAUCAUUAGCAGAAGGCACCUUGACACAGACUGUUGGCCAAGAGAAAUUUCACUUGAUUACUCAGUUAUAUUAGGUCAGAAGUUAAAACGCAGCCAUUUAAAAUACGUUAGAGGGCAUUAAGACAACAUGGCAGCCAAAUCCUGACUUGACUUUGUAGCUAGCAUAACAUGGUGUAUAAUUUUCAUUAUGCAGCUGGACAAGCCAUAUUCAAAGGUAACCCGGUACCCAAAUCAGUGAAAUGAUCUGAGGGAUUGUGAGAUGAUUAAAGGGAAAGAAAAUUCAGCUACUCAUAUUUGUUGUCAAUAUUUUUAAUAUUCUGAUCGUUAUUGUAAAAUAUUUGAUCUUUUUUUUUCUUGCUGGGCCCCUAGAAUCAUUAUUUCAAUGAAACCAGCUGGGAAAUUUUGGGGGGAAGGUCUCC